AUGAAACAGGACACUUACCACAGUCCAGCAAGCAUCCACGCCGCAUUACGGAAUAGCAGACAAGAAUACGGCUGGACGAAGAAGGAGACGCGCGGUUUAGGGGCGAGUCCGUCUUCCUGGAGUCGUGAUGCACACGAAACCCCAAGUAAAGGUUCCGGCGGUGGCAGUGGCGGUGAAAAAAGAUUCUCUUCUGGGCUAUUUAGAAAUGAUAAAAGAGCCAUCAAUGAUGAUGCAUCCUUUCGCGUGGAGCGCAUAGAUAGUGCUUCAUGCCUGGCGUUGGGCGACGUGGUUGGAUAUGAAUUUGUCUCAGAAGACGGAAGAUGGACUUGGUCUAUUGGCACGGUUAUUGCAUCUGGAGAUGGCAGUGACGAUACCAUCGGACAUGUUGACCGUAACAGCACCGUGAGUGAGGAUCCCAUUCUCGUUUCCCUGGCGUGCUGGAAAAUUGCACCCGAUACACAAGGCGAUCCCCCGACUUGGGCGGGCAAACAUGAGGAUCAUGAACAAAUUGAUGUCCGUCGAAGAAUGGAGGAAAUUGAGGAAGAAAAGGCCGAACUUUCACGACGGCCGUGCAUGGAAAAAGUUAUGGAAGCCGAAAGGAUUGCCGAAACCGCUCGGGAAACGCUACGGUUGGCCGUUCGAGGUGAGCGGAAUGUGCUACGGCAGAUGACAAGGCCCCCAAAUGAGUUGCGAUUGGCGGUGAAUGCGGCAUUUUCACUUCUCCGUAUUGAAUUACUAGUGGAAAAACCCGAAGACGAGUGGGACCACAUGCGACGAGUUUUAUGCUCUGAUUCUUUUGAUGAAAAUCUCUCAGAAGCCGAUGCGUCUCGAUUAGAUGAGGCACAAAGCGAAUUUAUCAAGCAGCGGUUUUUAAAUAAUCCUCUUUUUACAUAUUUGCACAUGAACGCAACGAGUCACAUUGCGGCACUUAUGCAAAAGUGGGUGACAUGCGAAGUUCAGCUCUAUGAAUGUCGCAAAGAACUUCAAUUCACAGAAAUGCGUUUGGCUGAGUUGAGUCAAGAGGCGAUGCAGAAUGAGAGGGAGCUGCGCCUACAUCUCAACUCCAAAGAACUUACAAGGACAGCCAGUAACCCAUACGAUGAGGAAAAUGUACGCUACGCGUUGCAGUCCUUUCAAGACCUUGGCCAAGUUUCUUUUUCGCGAGGCGAUGAGGCGACGAUUGUCGUACGCUCGUCUGUAUUCUGCAAGUUUGUUGCGUCCACUUCUUCCCCCAUUUCUACCCUUGACAGCAUGACUAUUCAUCGAGAUCGUCUUGCCUGCAUCCGUUCUGCUGCAUCUGGAAAGCAGAGACGUUUGCCAUUUGGUUCUUCUUUUAGUGAAGCCGAUUAUCCAGAACGAAGAUAUAAUCAGUCGCGUGAUGCCGUAUACCAGACGAAAUUGCUGUAUGAGCAGUCAAUUGAACGCGAACGCAUUUUGGUACGUGAAUUGGAGCAGCUUUAUGAGAAGCAUGUUCGCUACACCAUGGCACAACACGAAAUACUUUUUCGAUCUACCGAUUUCGCCGCCAGUUCCUACCGCUACAGCAAAAGGGAUGCUACGCGGCUUACGGUCGCUGAAGAUCGAGUGCGGGAGUUAGAAGAAGCGCUCCGACAGGAGGGAGGCAAAUUACGCACUCUUCAAAUGAACCACGAGAAGGAAAUAUGGCGGAUGCAGGAAGAAGCAAAGCGACGGUCACUGGAAGCCGCUCAAUACAUAUCGGAUGAAGUGUCCACGAUACGACUCCAACAAGUUAGCUUACAAGGUGACGAGGAAAUUGGCCGAUUGCAGUUGGCUGCGAAUGAGGCGCGGAGAUGGUCCGCACUUCUUUUGCUCGAAAUGAGAAAGUCCAAAGACCUUGUAAUUGCGGACAUGCGUCAAGAGUACAUUCGAGAGAUGAAUUUGCUGCGUGACGACCUUUCUAAUCGUGAGAGGCGUCAGGUGAAGACAAUAAAGAUUCUUGAAGACUUGCUUGCAUACAACGGUGAGGGGAGAGAAUACCAACAACAGGAAAUGCAGCGACGGGCGAUCAAACGUGCGCUGAAGACGCUUUGUGGUUCAAUGUCCACUGAAUUGUCGUCGGACUCAUCACCGAGACAUUUUUCAAGAAAUCCGACGUCAUCUCAAGGGGCAACGUCCUAUCGUCUUCCUGUUCGCAGUAACACUCCGGCAAGAGGAAUAUCUAAUUUGGAAGCCACCGUGGAAUCGAGGGAAUUGGAAGAAGACAAUGUUGUUAUUUUGAAGGAUCGUCUUGUUGAGGCCGUUCGUGAUCGCGAUUUGAUUCACGAGAUGCUUAUGCAGGAACAGAGGAAAAACCAUUCAUUGGAGGAGGAGAAUGCUGUGCUGAGAUCCGAGCUGGAUCGGGAGAUGCAGGAGCGUGUGGAAGUUGAGAAAACGGCUCAAAAACUACAAGAUGAAAUUGCGGCAAUAUCGGGAUCUGUGCGUUCAACCCCUAAUGGAUAUAUUAAGAGUGGUUCCGAUAAUGAGGAACUCGGUUUGCGGGAGGAGAUUGCGAAACUGCAGGGUGUCAUUGCGACAUACGAUGGGCAGUUGGAUGAACUGCUGGAGGCAGAGGGAAUAGAGAACAAAGAGGCCCCAUUCCACUCUCUUCGAGAGUACAUUGCCGAGAUAAAAGCUUCCUGUGUGGCUAUGCAGGAGGAACGCGAUGCGCAGGCUGCUGACGCCAAAAUGUUGGAGUCCUGUCUGAAGACUGCUGCUAAUGCCUUGGAAGAUGCCCUCAUUCACGAUGAACGGUGGCGCCCCCACAUCACGGAUUCCCACCACACCACGUGGCACUGGAAGAAAUUUGAUGGUUCCGGUUGGGAUCGGGUUAUCGCAGAGACUCCUGAGGCGCUUGAAAAGGCACUUGUGCACGGUAUUGCUGCCGCGUGCCAUGUACCAGAAGAGUACGUUUUAAAUCUUACAUACCAUGAUGAGGCGACGUGUCUGUAUGCCUCUUUUGACCUUCGUCAUGAUCCAGCCAUAUCAGAUGAAGAUAUUAUGUGUCGUUUGGAGGAGUGCAAUUAUUACGAGUUGGAGAGGUUGUACACGCACCGGUUUUCCCCGGAGGAAGGCAUCGACUCCUUGAGGAGAAAAAUGCGCGAAAAGGAGGAGGAGUUGCAGGAAUUACGCGCGACCAUUGCGCAUAUGCGAGGUGAUUCCAAACCACCAGGCAGCGGGCGAUCCAAACGGCAUUUAUUGGGGGUAUAA